AUUUUCAAUACCAACAAAAAACAUACCGCAUAUGAAGUACCUACAAUUUACGCAAUACCCAAAUUACAUAAAUCCCCAGUGAAAUUUCGAUUCAUAACGGGAGCUAUAACAAGUAGCCUCAAACCUUUAUCCAUGGAACUCACGAAAAUACUCAGCUGUACAAAAUGUCAUUCCUUCAACUAUAACAAUACUAUUAAAUGCAGAAAUACUCAAUACAUAGGAUAUUGGGCGAUCAAUAACAUAACAUUAAAUUUACGUAUGGACAAUAUAACACUCUUUUCAGCAGACUUCACCAACAUGUUUACUAAUCUUCCACAUCCUCAUAUAAUGCACAACAUCAAAGAAAUACUUAAAAUUUGUUACGAAAACAGUAACAAAUAUUACAUUGCUACCAAUGACAGAAUAACUUUCUACACCAACGACACCUCCUACUGUCGUUUCUCAGAAUAUAUUUUUAAACAAAAGACAGUACCUCAAGGUAGUAAUGUGAGUCCUCUCCUAGAUGACCUUACAUUCUCUUACUUUGAAUACAUCUACUCCAUUAACCAUUACAACAACAAGCAGAUACAGAUGAAACCUUUCAGAUACAUGGAUGACAUUCUCAUAAUAUACAACAGAAACACACAAAGUAUUCUAGAUGAACUUAAUGAUGAUACACAUGAAAACGAAUACAAAUGCAACUAUCUGGAUCAAGAGAUUGAUAUUGUAACAAACAAGAUGUACGCAAAAAUGUACAAUAAAACAGAUACUUUUGGUUUUUCGAUUAAACGCUUUCCUAAUUUCACAACAAAUGUCUCUAAUCGCAUCAAAGUUGACACAAUUCACUCAGAAAUUCUGAGAAUAGCUCGGACAUGUUCAAACGCAUUGGACUUUGUAGAACACUAA